GUUUAGAGGGUAGACAGGUUUUUUUUGCCCUUUAUCGAUUCGAUAGGACGAGAGACGAUGGAUCUGGAUCGGACGGCUCUCGUGUUCGUCUACGGCACCCUCAAGCGCCGCUUCCCCAACCACUCCCUCUUGGCCGACCUCGCCGCCGCUGGCGACGCCUCCUUCCUCACCUUCGCCCGAACCGCUCGCCGCUUCCCCCUCGUCAUCGGUCCCCUUUCCAUCCCCUUUCUCCUCCGCCUCCCCGGAUUUGGCCGUCGCGUCGACGGGGAGCUCUACGCUGUCUCCUCCCGUGGCCUCUCCCGCCUCGACGAACUCGAGGGCACGACCCGCGGCCACUACGAUCGGAUCCCUCUCGUCGUCGUCCCCUUCACUCCAGGGGCCGAUGGCGACGAGGCCCGUGACUCUGAGGAAGGAGAGGAUGCGCCUGGGGCUGUUACCGCGGAGGCCUACUUCGCUCAUCCGAGCAUCGGGGACGACCUGUGGCGGAGAUGCGGAGAAAGAGGGCUUGUAUCCUACACAGAGGACGACGCGAGUGGGUACGUGCCACCCAAGGACCGGCCGGCGGGCACCACGUUCCUUGGCGAGGUAGGUGUUGCCGAAACAAUUCCUAAGCAGAAUCACAUAUCUAUUGUUCGGGAAUCUAACCAGUAGUGGACUGAUAUUGAUUCACCAAGGGUUGUCCCGCCUGUAGAAAUUGUGGAAGUUAAGAAGUUUCAGCUCCAGUGACUGCAUCAUUGAGCAGGGCAAUGCAGUUGGAUAAGUCUAACCAAUGUAGCCA